CAACAAUCAGCAAUUGGACUAUUCUUACUCUACUGCCUCUCCUUCUACCCACAUAUCACCAGGCCGUGAACAUGGCUCCUUUGUGUGGCAUUAUACCAGAAUAUGUCUUGAAAACCAUUGUUGAAAGGGGAUCGGCGCCACAGAACGUUAUCACCCGCUGCCAAACAACGAUCGGAAGAACACAACAGAUUCAAAGUAUCCGAGAAGCCCACAGGGAGAGUGUCGCGCCUCUGAGGCGGCAACAAGCCCCCCAAGCGGUGGAACGUGGCGGCCGGUUAAACCGUACGGUCUACGAUGCACAAAACUCACGCGCCGAUCCUCCUCUGAGAAACGUCGUUCUGCUCAGAGAAGGUGACGAGCUUCUCGCCUUGGAGAAGGAUCCCACCAAUAAUGCCAAUGAGUGCUAUGUUGGCCUUGGGAAGGCCUAUGACUUCUUCUUCAGGUUCUUCGAGCAAGAUUCCAUUGACAAUCGAGGCUUUAAGCUGGAUGGCUUCGUCCAUUCCGGGGAAUUAUUGAACGCCUUCUUUGACGGGCGAGCCUUUGUUUUUGGUGACGGAGACGGCGUGAUCUUCAACGGAUUCACAGACGAGCUUGAUGUCAUCGGCCACGAGUUCAGCCAUGGGGUGGUGGAGUAUACCAAUCAACUUCCGUAUAGUUUCCAGAGUGGUGCUCUCAAUGAGCAUCUGGCAGACGUCUUUGGUAUUAUGGUGAAGCAGUGGGGUGAAGGCCCACCCAAGACUGUUGACCAGUCUGACUGGCUUAUUGGAGAGGGAAUCUGGGCGGCGGGGGUAAAUGGCAGGGCUCUCCGCGAUAUGAAAAACCCCGGACUGGCUUAUAAAGAUCCUCGAGUCGGGGAUGACCGUCAACCUGCCCAUUGGAGGGAUUACAAGAAUCUCAAGUUCAGCGAGGAUUACGGCGGUGUUCACAUCAAUUCCGGCAUCCCGAACCGCGCUUUCUAUCUUGCCGCUACCUUGAUUGGAGGAUACGCGUGGGAAGGGGCUGGUCGGAUCUGGUACAAUGCACUGCGCAGUCGUGAAAUUCCUUCCGAUGGUACGGCGACAUUCAAGGGUUUCGCCGAUCUGACUAUGAAACAUGCUGAAAAUCAUGUGGAUGACGUCAGGGAAGCUUGGGUUCUUGUUGGAUAUCCAUUCUCUGCUUCUUCUGGGGGAAGGAACGAGUUAAGAUGAGAAUUCAGAAGGCGGUGGACUGCUGUGCUCGUCGGCUCUGCCUUUAUACAAAAGUCUGUCAUUCCUGUUUACUAGUAGCUUUAGCAAGUUUGCCAAACUUCCAUCUUCACAAAUUGAUAGGCUC